AUGACAAAUACAGAAGCAUCGGGUACUGUGAGUGAGAGGCAAAGGUCGGGGAAAUUUCUUGGAGACGGGUCUGGAAAGGAUUCUCGUAUUGUCUUUGAGAAAAAGGAGCACAGACGAAGUUUUGGCUCAGGAAAUUCAUACCGGUCGAAAUCAGAGGAGGGCACAUUAGGUGCAGUUGGAAGAGAGGAAAUUCGGAUAAACAAUGGAAGUUAUAGCAGUCCCAAUGGACGUCGCUAUAAUGCCACUAGAACCCGAAGUUUUGGCUCAGGAAAUUCUUAUCGAUCGAAAUCAGAAGAGGGCACGUUGGAUGCAUUUGGAAGAGAGGAGAUUCGAACAAACAAUGGAAGUUAUAGCAGUACCAAUGGUCGUCGAUCUAAUGCCACUAGAAGCCGAAGUUUUGGCUCAGGAAAUUCAUAUAGGUCGAAAUAA